AUGAGUGGGAGAAUCCUCUCUCAUCGACUCUCCCCGCUGGUGCGGACCGGCCUAGCUCGCCAUAUUCACAAUGCAGGCUCUAGAACUGGCGGUCUUCUGCGCGCUAAUAGUGGUGCUGCUUUGAGGGGACGCGCCUGGCCCAUAGGUGCUAAUGGAAUCCACAACAAUGUACCUGCUGUCCGGGCUUUUUCGUUUACGCGAAUGCUGCCGAAGCUGGCUCUCAAGCUUAUUCGGCUGCCGGCUAUGUUUGGAGGAGCGACCGUUGCGGGCCUGGCUUAUUUCCAAUAUCAGGCAACUCAGGCCGGAAACUAUGCGAUGGAUAUACUGAGAACGGCUGGCGAGACCGCGGGGAAUACGGCAUCGAGCUUGUUUCAGGGCAUACAGGGUGUGGCGGAACAGACACAACGGGGGUGGAAUAAGACGACAGGGGAUGUAGAGAUGCCUGAAUGGCUACAGAAGAUUCUGCGAGCGGAUGAGGAAUCGCAUAAUCAAAAUGGAGGAGACAAGGAACCCAAGGAAGGCCGAGGUGUGACUGCAGGAGUUGCGGCUGGAUCGACAGCAGCAUUUGGCUACGAUAAAUCCGGUGAAGACGACGCCCGGCAAGACAAGGAGGUCGCUGAGGAUGACCAGAUGAUGCUCCUCACUCGGAAGAUGAUUGAAAUUCGGAACAUCCUCCAGACAGUCGGUCAGUCAGGCUCCUUGACUUUGCCAUCAAUUGUUGUGAUCGGGUCUCAGUCUUCUGGUAAGAGUUCGGUUCUGGAAGCUAUCGUUGGACAUGAAUUCUUACCAAAGGGCUCGAACAUGGUCACCCGACGACCAAUCGAGCUUACUCUGAUCAACACCCCGAAUGCCCAAUCGGAGUAUGGUGAAUUCCCAGCCCUGGGCCUCGGCAAAAUCACCGACUUCUCACAGAUCCAGCGCACUCUGACUGAUUUGAAUCUCGCGGUGCCGGACAAGGACUGUGUUUCGGAUGAUCCGAUCCAGCUGUCCAUUUAUUCGCCAAAUGUCCCAGAUCUUUCCUUAAUUGAUCUUCCUGGCUACAUCCAGGUUGCUGGCCAUAAUCAGCCCCCAGAGCUGAAGCAGAAAAUCAACGACCUUUGCGAUAAAUACAUCCAGGCUCCUAACGUUAUCCUGGCCAUUUCUGCCGCUGAUGUCGAUCUGGCCAACUCGACAGCUCUCCGGGCUAGUCGUCGCGUGGAUCCCCGGGGUGAGCGUACCAUUGGUGUCAUCACCAAAAUGGAUCUUGUUGACCCGGAGCGUGGUCACGAAGUUCUCACCGACAAGAAGUAUCCUCUUCGUUUGGGAUAUGUGGGUGUUGUGAGCCGAAUCCCUCAAACAAAUGCUCUAUUCUCCCGGGGCUCUGGAAAUAUUACCAGCGCCAUCCUAAAGAACGAGAACGCCUAUUUCUCAGCACACCCUAACGAGUUUGGAGCCCACUCCGAGGUUGCAGUUGGUGUCUCGACCCUUCGCAAGAAGCUGAUGCAUAUUCUUGAGCAGACUAUGGCAGCUAGUCUGUCGGGCACCCGGGAUAACAUCAGCCAAGAGUUGGAAGAGGCGACCUACGAGUUCAAGGUUCAAUACAACGAUCGGCCUCUCAGCGCAGAGUCCUACCUGGCUGAGAGCCUGGACAGCUUCAAGCACUCCUUCAAGGAAUUUGCGGAGUCAUUUGGCCGGCCGCAGGUUCGGGAAAUGUUGAAAGCUGAACUGGACCAGCGUGUAAUGGAUCUCUUGGCACAGCGCUACUGGAACAAGCCCGUCGAGGAUUUAAAUCCACCAAUGAUAGAGCUUGACCCUCUCAAGGACCUACCCAAGGCUGACGCCGAAUCCUUAUAUUGGCACCGAAAGCUUGAUGCGUCUACCUCCUCUCUCACAAAACUGGGCAUUGGUCGACUUGCUACCACUGUAGUUGCCAAUGCCCUCCAAAACCACGUCGAAUCGCUCCUAGCAUCUUCUACAUUCGCCACGCACCCAGGUGCCCAUAAACAAAUUACAGAUGCCUGCACAAGCAUUUUGAAUGACCGCUUCUUCAGCACGAGUGAUCAAGUGGAGAAUUGUAUCAAACCUUACAAGUACGAGAUUGAGAUCGAGGACCCAGAGUGGGCGAAAGGACGUGAAAAUGUUAGCAGAGUGUUGAAGGAGGAACUCAAGGCAUGUGAAUCAGCCACCAAGGCUGUUGAGGAUAGUGUUGGGAAACGCAAGCUCAAGGACGUUAUGUCUUUCAUCGACAAAGUCCGCAAGGGCGACGUCGUGCUCGAGGGUAAUGGUGCUGGUGGUGCUGGCGGUUUCAGUGCUGCUCUUUUGGAGAGAGGCCGAGACGGUGUCUUCCUUCGUGAUCGAGCUGAUCUCAUUAAGAUGAGACUAAUGGCCGUUCGAUCCAAACAGUGCGCCACACAAAAGAACAAAUACUACUGCCCCGAAGUCUUCCUCGACGUUGUAGCAGAUAAACUCACCUCUACCGCCGUUCUCUUCUUAAAUGUCGAGCUCCUCUCCGAAUUCUACUACAACUUCCCCCGUGAGUUGGAUAUGCGACUCGGCCGACACCUUUCCGAUGAGGAGAUAGAGCGUUUCGCUCGCGAAGACCCCCGAGUCCGCCGCCACCUCGACAUUAUCCGCAAGAAGGAGCUCCUGGAGCUAGCCCUUCAAAAGAUCGAGGGUAUCCGACAACUGGAUGGUCGCAAAGCCAGUCGAGGUUCUGAUCGUGCACAGGUUGCAAAGGAGACUCGUAAAGGCUGGGGUAUUUUCUGA